AUGUGGGCCAUCAAGUUUUUCUCGAUUUUAAUCCUGAUCAUGCUUCAGGGUCAAGCUGUAUAUACCCACCCACGGAAAAGCAGCACCAGCCAGCGUAGCAAAGACUCCACGAGUUCCGACAAUAAGCCCUUUUCAUGCCCCGUUGCCGACAGGGCUAUAUGCGUCUUUUUAGGCACAACUGGUACAUCUGUUCAACUAGCAAGAAAGAAUGGACUCCAGUAUUCAUGCGACAAUGUGCCCAGAAAGUGCUGCUCUGAUGCGCUCAAAUUUGAUUUAGUUGAAUACUUGAAAUUUCUAUGUACUCAUCCGAAUCCCAUCUGCAUCCAGAAAGAUUAUCAGCUUGUAAAAUUCAUACCAGACACUUGCUUUCGCAACACUCUUUGA